AUGUAUGGUACAGUUUCGGAUGUGUGCACUAAGGAAUCCUGCCCGACAAUGUCUGGAGGAUCGAAAUAUGAAUAUUUGUGGCAAGACGGUGCAGAGUACAAAAAACCGACUCGAUUGUCUGCACCUGAUUAUAUGGUAUUGCUGAUGGAUUGGAUUGAACUUAGAAUCAACGAUGAAGCUAUUUUUCCGACAUCUACCAGUAUGUUUUUCCACUCUGCUUUUUCACAAUGA